AUGGAUGGAGUUAGAAGUAAGGGUUUAUUUAUUUUUAUCGGGGUGGGAUACUUUUUGAUACCAAACUUGGACUUUUUUUGUCCAAAAUGGAUGGAGUUAGAAGUAAGAGUUUAUUUUUAUGGGCCUGGGAUAUUUUUUAAUACCAACUUUGGACUUGUUUCGAUCGUUGGUGUUUAAGGUGUGGCUGUAACAUCUUCGGUUGCAGAAAAAAUUUCUACGACUUGUUUGCAAUGGCUCGCGUGCUUUGAGGACACCAUUAACUGUACGUAGAAUUACUGAGUUGAAAACUGUAAGCGAGUGUCAGCUUACAAAGAGAGAUAUUACCAACCAGCUCCUUUUUCUUUGAUCACUCUCGCACGUUUUCGUCGGAAAAGGCCGUAGAAUUCUCGGCUGUCCCAACCAUGCGCGAUCUAAAGUUUUCGGGAAUUGACACACCCUAGGCACGACUUAUGUUCAAAAUUUAAAAAAAUUCUGUUCGUCGCCGUCUGAACACUCCCGCUUUCUUUUAUACUACAACCCUUCUUCCAGUUGACGAUAAAGAACUCUCCCCAGCUUACGGUGUGACCGACACUGGAACAUCAUCAAUUUUUGCUCCAAAGGAUGACUUUGUUAAGAUUUUGAAGAAGGUCAAAGUCACGAAGAGCGGAACAGGCUAUCUGGUCAAGUGUAACGCCAAGUUCACUCUUCAUAUCACCGUGAACGGGAAGGUCCUUCAUAUCCCGGCAAAUCAGAUGCUGCGAAAUGUGGGAGACAAAAGCAUGUGCCAAUUGAUGUUGGCCAGCGCGGAUUACGAGUUUUGGUUGCUGGGAGAUCCGUUCAUCCGGCAUUAUUGUCAGGUUCAUGAUUUCGCGAAGAGAAGAGUUGGAUUUGCACCAGUCAGAGAGCUGGCUGGGUUGGAGUAA